AUGUCGACCGACUUGACAGGAGAGCAGAUGCAGGCCAAAAUCACAGCCGCGAGAAGAGAAGCAGAGGGCCUGAAAGACAGAAUUAAGCGCAAGAAGGAUGACUUGGCUGAUACAAGCUUGCGACAAGUCGCCCUCAACAACACCGAAGCCCUACCUCGGAUAGGCAUGAAGCCUCGAAGAAAUCUCAAGGGCCAUCUUGCAAAGAUCUAUGCUAUGCACUGGUCAACAGAUCGCAGGCACCUGGUGUCCGCAUCGCAGGAUGGCAAGCUCAUUAUCUGGGAUGCCUACACCACUAACAAGGUGCACGCCAUUCCCCUUCGUUCCUCGUGGGUCAUGACCUGCGCAUACGCUCCUAGCGGCAAUUACGUUGCCUGUGGUGGUCUUGACAACAUUUGUUCAAUUUACAACCUUUCUACAAGGGAAGGCCCCACGCGUGUGGCUCGCGAGCUCUCUGGUCACUCUGGAUACCUGUCCUGCUGUCGUUUUGUCAAUGACCGAAAAAUCAUUACCUCUUCUGGUGACAUGACCUGCAUGAUGUGGGAUAUUGAGACGGGCUCCAAGGUCACCGAGUUCGCCGAUCACUUGGGCGACGUGAUGAGCAUCAGCAUAAACCCGACCAACGCUAACAUUUUCGUGAGUGGCGCCUGCGACGCCUUUGCCAAAUUAUGGGACGUUCGAACUGGAAAGGCCGUCCAAACAUUUGCCGGACACGAAUCUGACAUUAACGCCAUUCAAUUUUUCCCCGAUGGAAAUGCUUUCGGAACUGGCUCAGACGAUGCCUCCUGCAGGCUGUUCGACAUUCGGGCAGAUCGAGAACUAAUGUCUUAUCAGAAUGAACAAGUGCUCUGCGGCAUCACUUCCGUCGCUUUCUCGGUUUCUGGCCGGCUGCUCUUCGCAGGGUAUGAUGACUUUGAAUGCAAGGUCUGGGAUACUUUGCGUGGUGAUAAGGUCGGCUCUUUGAAUGGCCACGAAAACCGAGUCAGUUGCCUUGGUGUUAGCAACGAUGGAAUCAGUUUAUGUACUGGCUCAUGGGAUUCCCUAGUAAGCAACCCUUCAGUCUUUGGGCAAUAUGCAGAACUCGACUGA